UCGGGCAGCAGACGGGGAGGAUCAUGAGGCGCAGCAGCUCUCCUUCCCACCGCCAGCAUCACUCCAGACCCCGCUGAGGCACGAUGCCUAACAACACCACGGAGCUGGAGCCGGUGCAGGAAUACCCGUACGUGCGCUUCUACGUGUCCACGCUCUCCUUCUCGGUCCUUCUCUUCUUCAACCUCAUCAUCAACUGGACCAUCGUCCGCGAGGCGCGGCUGCGGAGCCAGGCGCGCUUCGUGCUGGUCUUCCACCUGCUGGUGUCCGCGCUGGUCCACCUGGGCAUGAGCAGCGUCUUCUACUACCAGAUCCACCUGGGGGCGCGGCCGAGCCGCACCGCCUGCCGGGCCAUGAUCACCGUCCUGAUCAGCAGCGCCUCCAACAUCCUGCUGACGCUCACGGCCAUGGCUCUGGACCGCUUCGUGGCCGUGUGCCACCCGAUGCGCUACACGUCUGCCUGCACGGCGGCGUACUGGCCGUGGCUGCUGGGCCUGCUCACCUGGAUGGUUGCCCUGGUGAUCCCCCUCAGCCUGCCUCUCAACGCGGAGGGAGACCCCGACACUUGCGACCGGAAUAAGCUGAAAAAGGGCGAGCUCCGGAAGGUGCUGUUCAUCGGGCUGUGCACGCUGCUCAUCCUCUACAGCUACGUGCGGAUCCUGGUGGAGGGACGGCGGCUCGGGGUGCUCAACCGGAGGAACCGGGCCGGCUGCCGGACCAUCGCCCUGCACGGCAGCCAGCUGGCCGUGUACAUCCUGCCCAACUUCGUGAACUUCGUGCUGUACCUCAUGGUGAAUAAACGCUUCAUUGAGCGCGACACCAAGGAGCUGUCCGCCGUGGUUAUCUUUGCGUUCUUCAGCGUGGCGCAGUGCGUGGCGCCCGUCAUUUACGGCUUGCGCAAAGAGGAACUUCUGGAGCAGCUGAAUCGCCGGUUCCCCUGCUGCUCCCGGUACCUGAAGGCGGUGCUCGGCUGGACCGUGAGAGCCAACUGGUCCCGUACACAACCCAGAGGAAGGGAGCGAACGCUGACUGUUCAGACCAUCAUCUCCCUGGAAGUCCCUCAGGAGAACCGGGAGGAGGAGACCGAGCCGGACACCAGUCUCUCACAUGACUCACAUUCAUGAGAAGGAAUUAUGGACAAAGCCUGAUGGGGGGGAGGCUAAUUAGGGAAAAGCUUCUCUCUCUAUUUUUGAUUUUUAUCUUUACCCCCAGCAGAUAUUUUCAUCUUGUGCUGGAAAGGAACUCAUAAGACGCUUCUAAUAAAUUUCUCCACAAGAAAUUUGAACAAGGAUGUGGAGAUGCAAGGGAAAACACAAAGCCAGACCUUGAGCCACAAAUUUUUCUUUCCUCCAAGGCCGGGUGGAACGGUUCUCUGAUUGCUGAACUGCUUUUCACGGCUCAGGGGAACCCAGUAGUCCGUCUGAAUGUGACCUCUUCCUCAUUUUGGGAUUAUGCCGCCCGCCAUGGAGGAUAUGUCCUGACCUUCAGCCACCUGGAUGCUUGGUGUCAGUCUCGCCCUGGGAUAAAACGGCGUUAAGCCUGAGAUUCCUGAUUUCCUGAGACUGAAAUCAGCAGAAGGAACCAAAAUGGCUGAAGGCAUUUUUGAUUUUCACGAGAGGAGCCAACACUUUGGCCUGUGCUCAACAAACAUCAAAGCACACAAACAUGCCUGUUUCUAACAAUAUAUAUAUAUAUUAUUGUGUAAAAACUACUUUAAGUUAUUUGUAUAGUUUUAAGUUUGAAAUAUUUUUUACGCUACUUAUCUGUUUUAUGCGAUAUUGGGAUCAAUGGCAUUUCGAUCGAAGGGAAAAAUACAUUCAAGGAAACUGAUCAUGGAGCUUGUUUUGUGCAGCAAGUCUCUUGCUGAUUUUCAUCAACCCUCCAUGUAUUUCGAGAUAACACGUUACUACAGGCAACCGUUUCGUUUUGUUUCUCCAAGGGUUUGAAGAAAAACAUUGCUUCAUAUUUUUAAGUAUCUUUUAUUUUACAGUGAUGAGAAACAAAUGGCAGAAAUAACACGUGGUCCACUUCCUCCUUGUUCGUCACACCGUUAUGCAACUUACCACUUAUUUAUUUGAAAAUUUGACUCUAUUUUCAGCUGAGCCCAUAAGCUAAAGAACGUCUCAAAAUGUGAAUUUUUCUUUCCUCUGAACAUGUUACUGUUUUUCUAAAAUUCUAAAAAAAAGAAAGAAAAAAAUCAGAAAAAUAAAACAUUUAAAACAUUACAA